UGUGAUUGAGAUUUACAGACAUUCUUAAAAAACCAAAAAGAAUUCACCACAUGACGCGCCACGUUCCUCAAUUUGCAUCACUUUUCCAUUAGAUUUCACCACACCAUUCUUGUGUGGCUCAUCUCUCUCCUCUCUCUAUCAUCAUUUUUAAUCAAUUUCUCACUGGAUUUUGGGAGGAGUUGUUUGCUUUCUUAAAUCUCUGGGAAUUCCAUUUCCGGUAUUUUCGGUUGGGUUCGUUUUUGAAUGCUUCGAUUACUGUCUUAGUUAAAAACCUACGGUUUUUGCCUUUUCUUUUUAAAAUUCUUCAUUUUAAACAGAAUUUGACGCUAUACACGGCGCGAUUUUAUGCAAGCAAGAAUCAAACAAGAGUCUAAAUCGAGCUAUUGGGUUAUUUAAGCUGUGAAACCCUUCGUUUCAGCCUUUUUUUCCCCUAAAAAAAAGUUAAUUCCAUGAUCUCUAAGAACUAAUUCGUGAUUGGAAGUCUUGACGGUUUCUUGUGAUUUCAAUUUUCAACUCAAUCUGCUAGGACUUGCUAUUUUUAGCUAUUUUGAGUUGAAAUCUGUAAGAGUUGCCUUUUGUUUUCAAUUUAUUAACUAUGAAUAGAAAAUAAUGAUGAUGGGAUUUAGUAGUUGUUCAAGUAACACUGGCUGCUUGCUGAAAUCUUGAUUGCAUAUAUUAACAUUUGAUUGUAUUGGGAUUUGGAUUUUGCUUUUGCUAUUGGGGAAAGAUUGGAUUUUUGAUGAGAUUUUAGGAGGGUUUUCAUUUUCAUGGUGGGAGAAGGAGAAAAGUUUUGAGGUUGGAUUUUCUUCACAUUAGAUGCAAUAUAAGGUUGUACAUAUGGAAGAAGGCAAAGAUCCCACUGCAGGGAGCAGGGUAGGUCAGACUAGGGUUUUGCCACAGAGGGUGCUUCAGCUGCUUGUACUUUUUCUGGUUCUGUGCUUUACUUUCUCUGUUGUUAGCAUCUACAUGAUUAGAUACUUUGGGAUUAAUAAUGUGGUGACCUCGAUCAAGCCUAUAUUAGUGCCCUGCAAUCACGAACCGUUGGGUUUAGAUCAAUGGAUCGAGCCCCCGUCCAAUCUGAUGCACAAGAUGAGUGAUGAGGAGUUGUUUUGGAGGGCCACAUUCGUGCCUCGUGUGAGCAAGUACCCGUUUGAGAGGGUGCCUAAAGUCGCGUUCAUGUUCUUGACCAAGGGGCCGUUGCCAUUGGCGCCUCUUUGGGAGAGGUUUUUUAAAGGGCAUGAAGGGAAGUAUUCGAUUUACAUUCACUCGUUGCCUACGUUUGAGGCUGAUUUUCCAUCGGGGUCUGUGUUUUACAAGAGACAGAUACCAAGUCAGGUCUCUGAAUGGGGGAGGAUGAGCAUGUGCGACGCGGAGAGGAGGCUCCUGGCAAACGCCCUGCUCGACAUCUCCAACGAGCGCUUCGUCCUGCUGUCCGAAUCGUGCAUCCCGCUCCACAACUUCACCACGAUCUACGACUACGUGAUCGGGUCCAAGUACAGCUUCAUGGGCGCGUUCGACGACCCGGGGCCGUACGGGCGGGGCCGCUACAACUACAACAUGCUCCCGGAGGUCAACGUGUCCGACUGGCGCAAGGGGUCCCAGUGGUUCGAGGUGAGCAGGAAGCUCGCCGUAUACAUCGUCCAAGACACGAGAUUCUACCCGAAGUUCUUGAACUUCUGCAGGCCGGCGUGCUACGUGGACGAGCACUACUUCCCCACCAUGCUGACCAUACAGGCGGGCGGCCUCCUGGCCAACCGGAGCCUGACGUGGGUCGACUGGUCGAGGGGCGGGGCCCACCCGGCCACGUUCGGGGCCUCCGACGUGACGGAGGAGUUCUUCUUGAAGAGGUUAUAUGAAGGGCAUAGCUGCUUGUAUAAUGGUCAGCCUUCCUCUGUUUGUUAUCUCUUUGCAAGAAAGUUCUCUCCUAGUGCCUUGCAAGCUUUGUUUCUAUUAGCUCCUAAAUUCUUAGGUUUUUAGUCCAAGAAAAUAUUUUGUUUGCAAAUGAAGAAAGGGAAGAAAUUGUGAUAUGUAUAGAGAAAAAAGAGGUGGUGGGAUUCUUCUUUUGUUGGAAUAAAAUUGAUAUAUACCAUUGAGUAUUUUGAAGCAA